AUGGAUUAUUACAGAAAAUAUGCAGCUGUCAUUCUGGCCACAUUGUCUGUGUUUCUGCAUAUUCUCCAUUCCUUUCCUGAUGGAGAGUUUGCAAUGCAGGGUUGCCCAGAAUGUAAGCUAAAAGAAAACAAAUAUUUCUCCAAGCUGGGUGCUCCCAUUUAUCAGUGCAUGGGCUGCUGCUUCUCUCGGGCAUACCCCACUCCAGCAAGAUCCAAGAAAACGAUGCUGGUACCAAAGAAUAUCACCUCGGAGGCCACAUGUUGUGUGGCCAAAGCAUUUACCAAGGCCACGGUAAUGGGACAUGCCAGAGUGGAGAACCAUACUGAGUGUCACUGCAGCACUUGUUAUUAUCACAAAUCUUAAACAUAUUUUAAAGUGCCGUGCAGAUGACUGAUGAUUUGGUGAAAAGGAAAAUUAAGUUGUUCAGCAUUUUAACCUGCAAGAUAAAGCCCUCCUUUCCCUUAUAUUCCAGCCCAUUCUGACGUGCUUCAAGGACACACUGCCGCUUCAUUGCUUGUCUCCUUAUCCGGUGAUGUAAUCAGCAGCCUAGCUCUUUCAA